AUGUCACAGCACAGCCUGCUCGCUGCUCGUUCCAAGCUUGGCCCAUCGGACGACUCUUUCCCCGAGUCCUCUCAAACCCCGGAUGAUACAUUCUCAGGCGACAAGCUUGGCGAAACACAAGCAGAUUCGCCAAUCGGCAAGCUGUCCAAUCCGAACGAGUCCAACUCCAAGGGUCGUCAACCAGAUGAUUCCAGCGACGCAUCCGUGAGCAAAUACCUCGCCAAGGAGCCUGAACCUGAGGCAAAUCCGUCAGAUGAAUCCGACGAGCCAUCCUCGCGGCCCAGCAGCUUGUCAGAACCGCGCCAAGGAGCGCUUGCAACGGAUAGAAGAAGCAGCCGCUGCCGCGAAUCCGGAAGCGAUCCUUUCAAGGGAAUGGUGGCCGUGGCAGCCCAACGGCUGCAAGACUAUUUCGAUAAGACAAGCCUGGUCGGGGGUGCAGGGGGGUUUGGUCAGGAAGCGGUUGGAUUGAGGGGUGAGGAGGUGGAGGGGGAUGAUGGGAGCGGGGAGACGGCGUGGCAACGGUGGGAGAGGGUGUUUGGAGAGGUGGAGGAGCGAGAAGCCAUGCUGACGAGUCUGCAGUUUCAACUGGACGACCUGGUGGGAGACGAGGACUUCACGGCAGCCGCCAAGCUGCAGGCCGCCAUCCGCGCGGUGGAGGACCAAGACGCCAUGGCUGCCGUUUUCAGAGAGCUCAAGGCGGCAGUGGCGGAGGAGAGGUACGGCGAUGCCAAACACCUUCGCGACGAUGCUGGGGCUGGCCUGGUGAGUGCGAGCAGCACAUGUGACCUGGGAGGGAAAGAACCCAGGCUGGUCUGUUAUCAGGGCAAGGAUCACGGAUCAAACGAGGGCAAGCAGUUCAUAGACUGCCUGAAAGACAUCGUCAGAUGCCAAGGCAAAGACGAAGAAGAUUGCAUGUGGGGUGGUGGGCGGGGCCUGGACGAGAGUGGGUCAGCAGACCCCUUUGGGCGGCUGGUGCACGUGUCACAGCAGCACGGCAAGCUGCUCGCCAAGUCGUACACUGCCAAGCAGCUGUCCGUGGCAGGGCAGGGCAUUCCCAUCUUCGAGGUCUAUGUGGCGCGCAAUGCCGCCAACCCCAAGCGAUACGACCGCCAGGCCGUGUACCUCCACCAUGAGACAGCCACCAUGCAGGCCAAAGGCGCUUCCACCACCACCACAAACCCUCCGCCAAGCACCUCUGCUUCGAACAGCAGCAGCGCUUCCGAUGCUGCCCCCUCGUCUUCGUCCCCAUCAUCAUCAACAUCCGCGUCCGCGCCAUCCACGUCACCAUCCAGCGUGCAAAGGGUUCAGGAUGCUGUGUCGUUCAGCUGGGGAAAGAAGCAAACAGCAGAGGAAGGCAAAGUGGGUGGUCCAGGCACAGGGGCAGGAGCAGGGGAGAAGGGAGGCAUUUCAUCUCAAUCCCCUGCAGAUCCAGCCUCGGGCCAGACUUCACCUUCACCAGUCCCACCCACCCCUCCUCCCUCUCCCUCCGCUGCCUCCUUCCCUCCCUCCUCCCCUUCCUCUGCCUCCUCUGCCUCCUCUCCCCCCUCGUCUCUCCCACCCGGCGCCGACGAUAGCUUAUCGCGGGUCCUCGAUUUCUUCCGAGAGCGGCUACCAGACGUGAAGCUGCGGGUCUUCCCGGUGGUGUCCCCUGCUGACGUGGCAGCGCCAGACGUGUCGGGCGCGGCGGGAACUGCAGAUAUUCCACGAAUAGUAGAGGAUGUGGUGAACCGGAUAGCGAGGGACAGGGAGGGGGGAGUUGGUGGUGGGCAGGGAGAAGGCGGGGCGGAGCGGAGCGACGGUGAGGAAGGAUCGGAGGAUGCAGAGGGGCGGCAGGGCAUUGCCGUGCGCGUGGUGGUGGGGGGGGUGUUCCCGGGGGAUGGUGCGGGGGAGAGCGUGAGCAAGGUGCCUGCGAGGAUAGAGUGGCGAGGCAAGGACGCGUUCGUGCUCACUGUGGAGGACAGCGAGGGUGACGGGGAUGCAGCUAGCAGCAGCAGCGGCAGCACGGGAACAUCUGCCACUGACCCAGAAGCGUCCCAAUCUCCCUCCUCUUCCCCUUCCUCCUCAUCGCAGGUCAGCAGCGGUGGCGGCAGCGGACCCGUAAGACCCUUCCCAACCAUAUCACCCCUCUCCUGCAUUCUAUCCUCGCUCCUCCAUUCCUCCAUCUUUCUGCCGUUUGUGAAUUCUGACGUGCGCAUUAUUCGUCCGGCCUCGGCCCUGUGUGGUUCUCAUCAUCACCAUCCCCAUGGCCAGGAGGUGUUCAAGGACAAGGACGUGGCACAGCUGAUCUAUGCCCUAUGCAUGCUGUACCUGUUUCCCCUUUAUCCGUUGUCCCCUAUCCUGCCCUCACCAUCACCAUCAUCUUGCCAGGAGGUGUUCAAGGACAAGGACGUAGCACAGCUGAUCCGCACGGCAGUGCAGCACGUGCAGAGGAGGCGCUACACGCUGCCCCGCACCACCGCCUUCACCCGCAUCCAUGCCGCCGAUGCCUCCACCGACCCCUUUGCUGGAUUGUACGUGGGUGCGUAUGGUCCGUACACUUCCGAGGCUAUUCAGGUCAGGCGUAGGUUCGGCACGUGGGAGGAGCCAGAGGGGGAAGAGCAGGAGAGCCAGGCUGGGAAGGCAGGGGAGAGGGUUGGGGGGAGGAAGAGGCAGGGCGAGCGGGCACUGGUGCCGCCGUUUGAGUACGUGGAGGGGGUGAAGCUCACAGGCGACUUCAAUGUGCCUGCUGGGAAGGUGUCUUUUCGAGCUAAGAUCGGGCGGCAUUGGCAGAUGCCGUUCCGAGGGGUGUACCCUGAUGAGCUGGGUGUGGAGCCCACCACGAAUUAA